UGCUGUGAGUUGGUGUUUUGUGUUUAUUAAACUACUAAAUUUAAAAUGAUGUCCGACGGGCGAAGUCUUUUAAAUACAUCAGCUGCAUCAUCAAAAAUAGGUUGUGAUGAGGAUCCUGAGGUUGUAGCGGUCAAGAAGUACGUAAAAGAUUUAUUGAAAUCUCGUAUUUUCCUCGGCCGCUAUUUAGAAAGGAGAUUGAUCGAUCAACUUAGCUGCUAUCGUGAUAUUGUACUUUUGAGUCCUGCCGAAACCGAACUUAAACGAGAUUUACUAGAAGCCGAGGCAAAAUUAAGCAGCAUAUUUUCCAAUGGACUUUGGAUUGGCGUCACAAGUGCAGAAAAAAUUGGAAACUCCAGCGGCGUUUGUAUAUGGACGGAGAUUGAUGAUCAACCGCUUGGCGCUUUUUGGUUUCAAAUUAAAAGUGUCAGGUUUAGAGAAAACGAAGUUAUAUUAGCAUUAAAAUGCAUAAGGCAUAUUUCUGAUGCUUAUCUAGAGAUGGAACCGAUUCUUACGGGAUCAGCAAAGAAAAAUGUAGAAAGUUCAGAAAAUAUUCUAGAUAACAGUGUAGUAUCAUUAAAGGAAUCUUACAACGAUCUGCUAAUCAGCAUUAAAAGUGCCUUGUCAAUAACAAAUGUAAAAGAGUUUUUCACAUUUUUAAUUGCUUUUGCCAUAGCAGUUGUCACUGGUAGUACAACUUUUGUUAGUUUUCUUGGCAACUUCAUAUUGGCACUGAUAAGAGAAAUUUCUAUUUUUGUUAAAAAUUCUACUCCUAUGUUCUUAGGAAUCCUGGACUUUUUUGGUAAAAUUGUUGGUGGUUUUUAUAUACUUUUAGCUAUGUUAUUUAAGCCCAAUACACCUGUCAGAGUGAGCCGAAGAGCCCUACCUUAUGAUGGUCAGUUACAUAGUUAUAAUCAAUUUAGUGGUAAAGACUUUGACUAAUAUGUAAAAAAGAAAAUGUUUAUGUACUGUUACAUUAUGUAAUUACCAUAUAAUCAAGUGCAAUGCACUUUUACAUCAUAACUGGUUUGGUAGUAAUUAAUGCUUAAUGUGUGGUGUAGUGUUUUAGUAAAACAUAUUAUCCAGCAUUUUAACUAUUAUUAAAUUGUUGCAUUUUAAGCAACAUUCCAAUCCCAUGCAUUUCAUCUACAUCUGUAGAUAAAGUCUUAUAUAAAAAUAUUGU